GGGUGACACUCGAGUACUACGAAAUAGCGUAGUGGCAAUAGUAUGGCGGCACAUCAGACCAACCGCCUGCGAUGUCCGCGCGGUAUGCACGAGGUUACGACCCAUCGCUUGUUGGUUUUGGACAAGAAGGCGCGGAAGCGACUGCAUGUUGGGUGCACCAACUUGUCCAAGUCGGCGUCGGUGCCAGCAUUGCAUCAGGAACUGGGCGACGAGAACGCCGCGAUGGCAAAAUUAAGCACGUUGUCGGUGGUUCAUCAAGCCAAACUGACAAAUCAGCGAAGUGGACACGCGUCGUCGUCCAAGGCGGCGGUGAUGGCGCUGGCCCCCGUGCCAGCAGCAGCUGCCUCGCCCCCUGUCCCCCCGCGCCCCCACACAUCGCACGAAAUGACAGCGACCAAAGAUAAUCUCGGCCAUGUCGACAAUGCCCAAGCACCAGUGUUGACGAUGAUGCAUCGACGAAGUGAAUCGGACCGAUCGCUGCUUUCGUCAUUGAAAGACCAGCAGCAGCUAGAUGUAGAUGAUAAAGAGACUCAAGACAAGAAUAGCCCCUUGGCCAAAGCCAGCUUUGCGAAGAACAGAGACAAGCUGCGGGACCGCGUGGCCACCAAGUUUGGGUCUUUGCGCGCCAUGUUUCGCGCGUUCGACACACUCGGAUCGGGGGGGAUUUCGCUCGAGCAGUUCCACGCGUCCAUAGCAGGGCUCGGGCUCGACAUCACCGACGCAGACGAGCGGCUGUUGUACCAGACAGUCGACACGAACGGCAACAACUCGAUCGAUUUCAAAGAGUUUUCGGCCAUGUUUGAAGUUGAGCCGAUGCGCAACAGCUUUGUCGACACGGGCAACAGCGCCGAGCGAUUGAAAGCCACCAGGAAGCCCCGUCUCCAAGUUAGCCCCCGGACAAAGGUCCGGAUUAAGGCGUUCCAGGACACGUUAUCGCACACGUUGCUAAAGAAACACGUGUCCCAGCAGGUCGCGUACGGGUCCAACUCGAAAGUGUUGUUGAAUGCGUUUCGACACAUGGAUGUGGACGGCGACGGGUCGUUGUCGUACGACGAGCUCAAAAACGCCCUGGGGCCCCAAAUGCUCGACCUUGAAGUCGACCCCGCCGAGCUCCAAGUCAUGAUCAACACCAUCGACGACGACAAGAACGGAUUCAUCUCAUACAAAGAGUUUGUCAAGUUCUUCUCGCUCAAGCCCGACAUUGACCAAGACGACAUUUUUCACAUUGGACGGCAGCGCGAGCUGGCGCUGCUGGCGUCCCGUCACACGACACGAGACGAACCCCUUCCGUUUAUCGAUUUUGACGACAAAGGCAAGCACCUCGCGCCUCUCGUAGCAGGAGCGUCCAGUAGUAGUAGUACUACUACUACAAGUAGUCGGACCACGGAACCAAACGAUCCGCGAGGCCUGCACGAGAGGCUAGCCCGAAGGACCCUCGACCAGUUCACGGCCAUGUCUUCGUCUUCCUCGUCGUCCCCUGACCAACCGUUGGAAAGUCCUCACAAGUCCCCCCGGGAGUUGGACGCGCUCUUCGCCUCACUCGCCCCUGUCAGUGCGUCCAAAGGUCGGUCGACCGCGCCCAUCGAAUGGAGUCGCAUUGGAGUCGGCGGCAACGACGGCGUAAACAAGCAGUCGGCGUUGUACUUGGCCGAGUCGGAACGUUUUGUGACCACCAACGACGAGCAGUUCGGCCCCAUGUCUAAAGAUCGGCCGAGGGCGGGCCUUCCCCAGCACGACCUGGACAAGCAAGCAAGGCGACUCAAAGGGCGGCAUGCCACCACGAGCCACAACAUCGCCCGCAUCGACCACAACAACGCACAGCGCAAACUGCAGAGCCAAUUGGAAGACAAGGCGCGGCUUCGCGGCAAGUCCAAGCAGCGACACGCGUACAGCAACGGCGUGAUCCAGACCGAGGAGAAGCUGUUCCAGCACAAGAACCAUAUGGCGAAAAAGCCCGGCGGGUCGAGCUUCCAUCGCAUGUGGGCUGGGAGCCUCGAGUCGCAGUUCAAUUCGCAACCGUGGGGGGUGUCCACUGCGGCAACGGUGCAACCAACCCCCGCACGUCCACUGUGAAAGCUGAU